AUGGCUGCUUUGUACCUGGCUACUUUACAUACAGCCUCUGACCUCAAAUUGCAGAUUGCCAUUCAGGCCCAAGAAAACCUGGCCAUCCAGAGUCCUGAGGCUUGGCGUGAUGCCAUGAAGGCCAUUCAUGCUUGUUGGCGCUCAGCAUUGGAUCGUGGACUAUACUCUCCAGCUUUGAAGGCUCCACAAGGCAAACCUGAUCCCAUCAAGGCUCUGCAGGGUGUUGUCAAUGGCUUGAAACAAGAUGUUGGUAACCUUAAGAUCGCAACAGUGCGAACAUGGCAACAACACAACAACAAUGGUAAUAACAAUCUGGGUGCGGUCGCAUCGCAGUCCACUAUAUCUCACAGUGCAAUGUGA